CCAAUGGCUACCAACAUUGUGCUGCCCCUAACCAUCACGUCGUAUAUACUGCUUAUUAAUAUCAUAAGUGUACUAUCCCUUGACCCAUGUUUAAGAGGAAACUACAAAAUUCUUACGGAUUUACCUAAACGAAGUCCCGAUUUUGCACAGGACGCUGCCCCAAUUUGCGACAGAUAUCUCGAGGAAGGAUGGUACAGUGCACCUGAAUAUGAGAUUGUAGCAUCCCCACCUAGUAUAGGGUUUUGUGGAACUCUGUACCCGUUUUGGUUAAAGGGUGAGCUCCCAGACAGAGGUGGGACAAGUAAAGAUAUGGAAGCCUGCGAGGUGGGAUUCGCAGCAGACUGCCAACAGACCAUCAAUGUCAAAGUGACCAGCUGUGGAUCGUUUUAUGUUUACUAUCUCAUACCUCUAUCUCUGUGUAACGCAGCCUACUGCUUUGAGAAAAAGACAAACUGUAUUAAUGAGGUGCCCAAAAAUCCACGGGUUAUUUAUCACAACGUGGAGUACACAGAACGGGAGGACACUAAUGUCAUACAAUACAACCCUGUAGUUAACCUCAGAUGUGAUUUUACGCCGCUGGAUGACCAGACAUUGUUCUAUGAUAUAGACUGGAUUGUUAACACCAGAACCAUUAUAUCUGGCCAGACUGUCACAUCGUCUUCGCUGAAUAAGGCCACAUUGUCCACUCAGCUUCUGAGUGACCUCAAUAUCAAAAUUGGAGCCUCGAUUCAGUGCAUUGUAGGAGCCAAAUGGACAGAAAAAGACAAGCCAUGUACUACCACCUCCAGUUCUCUUUUCUUUGCUGGCAUCCAGGUUUUGACGCCUAUGCUAACAUUGGAAAGAAAGGGAUCAGCCACAGUGAAAAUCCGACCAACCAUUCCAUUCGCCACGGAAACCUUCUACAGUAAACGUCUCAGGAAGUAUUUUGCAGGGAGUUUAGAUGUAACCAUAUCCUUUCCUACUCAAAUAGCAGCAAAAUGUGCGGCGGGCAGUUCAAAUCUCUGUAAAAUAACAAUAGAAGGAAUAACUUACGACCAAAGACAAAAGUUUGCUGAUAAUUCCUGGUAUAAAACAUAUGAAAUGGAGGUUCACAAUACAGACAAUAUUGCUUACAACAACAACGUCAAACAGAUCGUCUUAAGAAUGACAACAAGUAAAGGGGGGAGAAAUGCUGCUGACAUUUUUAAUGACGUCACUCUACCUGAUAUAAAUAUAAACGUUGUAGAGACGCUGACUGUCUGGAAAGGAAAGCGAUGUCAGUCUGUCGCAGACCCCCACAUGAGAACGUUUGAUGGAUAUGCCUAUGAAUGCCAACAUACCGGUUGUGCCACUGGAAUAACCAGCAUUCUCUUUGAGAACAAAGAACAUAAUCAACAGUAGCUGUUCGCUCUGGGAGAGACGUGUUUAUGUUUGAUGCCUGUAAUGGUCGCCAGUACAU